GGGUCCAGAAGUAGCUCCACCCUCCCGCUGCGCUGCGAGGACCUCCGGGAGUCCUAGAGAGGCUGCGGAAGCGCUCUUGGGGGUGGGGUUUAUGGCUGAGCUUGCACUUGAUUACUUCCGGCGAGGAACUGUUGGAAAGUGUCGAACGCGGUUCUCUCUUGGCUUGUGAGAACUCCAUCUUCCAAGCCAGGGCUGCGGGGAGUUUACUCUUUGGGUCCCCGGGACUUAGGGACUGGAGAGGAGAGAGUAGCAUUGUGUCCACACUGGGUCCCUAACCUUGACCCGUCCGGUCUCUGUCUCCGGGUCAGGAGCUGUUCCGAGGAAUCCAGGUCCAAAUUUCUGUCUACAACUGUGCUUUCUCCUAGAACUAAUGAAGUCUUCCGUUUACCUGUCAAGCCCUUAUGGCUUGAAAGCCAGGACCAGAUAUGACCAUUUUAAUGGUUUUCACUUCUGUUCCGACUUAAGUUUGGCUUAUGAUAGAGAGAAGAAACGACUCUGUCUGGAAUAAUUUAGUCCCGUUAUUUAUAUGAGAUGUGUACUUUUUUAUUUCUAAAAUUGUGUUUUACAUUUGGCCCGAUGUCACUUUUUUUGUGGCCGUCCUUUGCGUUUCUGAAACCUUGAUGUAGUUCCUAUUAGUAAUUUUAUGGGUGAAGUGAUGACUGGUAGUCUGUGAAUGACUUCACUGAGUGGUUUUCUUUAUUAUAGCUGACGUCUUUGCCACCUCUCUGUUAAUAGAAAUUCCCGACAUACCAGUAAGGUUGUUCACUGCAGAAAGUGCCCGUCAAAAGAGCAGAGAACAUAUUGGGUUAGUGUAACUGGCAGCCUCCAGAGACUGUGUUGGAAUGAUAAUGACAGAAUCCAGGUCAGUUAUACACUUAGAGCCUCCAGCUGAGACCUCCUCGCAAGAGCAAGCUGACCUCCUCAUAGUGAAGGUGGAAGAGGAGGACUAUUCCUGGAGGCAGGGAUACAACCGGCCAGUGUUUGAAACUUUUUACCAGCGAUUCAAGCAUUUCCAAUACCACGAGGCGGCAGGACCUCGGGAUGCUCUCAGCCAGCUUCGGGUACUCUGCUGUGAGUGGUUGAGGCCGGAGCUGCACACCAAGGAACAGAUCUUGGAGCUGCUGGUGCUGGAGCAGUUCCUCACCAUCCUGCCUGAAGAGUUCCAGACCUGGGUGAGAGAACAUCACCCCGAGAGCGGAGAAGAAGCAGUGGCUGUGAUAGAAAGUAUCCAGAGAGAGCUAGAGGAGCGCAGGCAACAGAUUGUCACAUGUCCUGAAGUGCUUUCGCAGAAGACGGUACCAUCCAGAGCCGCGCAGGAGUCCUUCAGUCACCAGUUUCUGCCGGUGGAGGCCCAGUCUGAUCAAGAGCCACAGAGUCUUCUGGAGGGAAAUGCCCUUCCUGUUUGCCAGGUUCCUUCCAUUCCCCCGAAGGACAGCCAGGAGCUGACAGCCCCACCCCUCUCAACCGGGACUCAGUUGGUGAAAAUUGAAGACGUGGCUGAUGUGGCUGUGUCCUUCAUCCUGGAGGAAUGGGGACAUUUGGAUCAGUCCCAGAAGUCCCUUAGUAGGGAUGGCAGAGAGGAGAACUGUGAGAGUGUCACUCCUGUGGAUUAUGAGCGCAGGGAGGGCAACUCAGAGCUCCUAGCACAGCAGAUUUCCGAUGGAGCGGACUCACACUGGGCAGCAGCAGAGAAGAAUGGUGCUGAUGCUGAGAGUCAAGAGGCUGCAGACGGCAGUGACCUGAAGAACAUGAUGCAGAGGUGGCAGGUGAAUCCCACUGUGGGGAAGUCAAGGCAGAAAAGAGCUCUGAACUCAGGCCCGGGUGUCAGCCGGAAGCAAAAAUCAAAUGGCGAGCGAGGUCACAGGUGCGCUGACUGUGGCAAGUUUUUCCUCCAAGCCUCCAACUUCAUCCAGCAUCGGAGAAUCCACACGGGAGAGAAGCCAUUUAAGUGUGGGGAAUGUGGGAAAAGCUAUAAUCAGCGGGUGCACCUCACUCAGCACCAGAGAGUCCACACUGGCGAGAAGCCCUACAAGUGCCAGGUGUGUGGGAAAGCGUUCCGAGUGAGCUCCCACCUGGUGCAGCACCACAGCGUCCACAGUGGAGAGAGGCCCUAUGGGUGUAACGAGUGUGGCAAGAGCUUCGGUCGUCACUCGCACCUGAUCGAGCAUCUGAAACGCCACUUCCGAGAGAAAUCCCAAAGUUGCAGUGACAAAAGAAGUAAGAACACUAAACUGAACGUUAAGAAAAUUCCAGAAUUUUCAGAAGCAGACAUGGAACUAUCAGAAGAAAUCCAGAGUAAUGCUUCUCAGGUUCAAGGUUAUGGUGAAGGCUAUGAACACCAAGAUAGGACAGGUAGACAGCAGGGAAUUGUCAUGAAAGAAAUCCUAGGACAACCCUCUUCAAAGAGGAUGAAUUGCAAUGACUUCAGCUAUGUCCACAAAAAGUCUUCCUCAGGAGAGAGGCCACAUAAAUGUAACGAGUGUGGGAAAAGCUUCAUUCAGAGUGCACACCUCAUCCAGCAUCGGCGAAUCCACACUGGGGAGAAACCAUUCAGGUGUGAGGAAUGUGGGAAAAGCUACAAUCAACGUGUCCACCUCACUCAGCACUAUCGAGUUCACACGGGUGAAAAACCCUACACCUGUCAUUUAUGCGGGAAAGCCUUCCGAGUGAGGUCCCAUCUCGUUCAGCACCAGAGUGUGCACAGCAGGGAGAGGCCCUUCAAGUGUAAUGAAUGUGGGAAGGGAUUUGGGAGGCGUUCCCAUCUCGCUGGUCACCUCCGACUCCACUCCAGAGAGAAGUCCCACCAGUGCCAAGAGUGUGGAGAAAUCUUCUUCCAGUACGUCAGCCUCCUGGAACACCAAGUGCUCCAUGUGGGCCAGAAAAGCGAGAAGAACGGUGUCUGUGAAGAAGCCUACAGCUGGAACUUGGCAGUAAUAGAAGAUAAGAAGCUGGAGUUACAGGAGCAGCCUUACCAGUGUGAUACCUGCGGGCAAGCCUUUAGUUACAGCUCUGACCUUAUUCAGCAUUACAGAACUCACACUGCAGAGAAACCCCAGAAAGGUGAGGCAUGCAGAGACAGUGCUGGCCAGUGUCCCCACACAAAACAACACCAGAAACCCUGCGCCAGUGGGAAAUGCCAUCAGUGCAAUGAAUGUGGAAAGGGCUUCAGUCUGAAGUCUCAUCUCAGUCAGCACCAGAGAAUCCACACUGGUGAAAAGCCCUUCCAGUGCAAAGAAUGUGGAAUGAGCUUCAGUUGGAGCUGUAGCCUCUUUAAACAUCUGAGAAGCCAUGAGAGGACAGAUUCCUAAACACUUGACGCACAAAGGAAUGGGAACCAGCCUGGUUUUAGAGAAGCCCUGCAUGGCUGUCAUAAAUGUAAUGACAACAAGAAUUUUUCCAUUUUAACCAUCAAACCUAUAGGCGAGGGGAAACCCUGUAGGUAGAACUCAGCCUUCGGGGAAACUGUAGCAUUGGUGGAGUAUUCUGGUUGGCAUCUUCAUGCUUGGGAAUCUAGAUGAAAAGAGAACCUCUGGCUAGUUAUGGUGGUGCUCGCCUGUAAGCCCUGGGAGGCAGAAGCAGGCAAAUAUCUGGUAUGCAUAGCAAGUUCCAGGCCAGCCAGUGGUCCAUAGUAAGACCCCUGAGUGAGAGAGACAGACAGAGACAGACACACGUCUGGGUACUGUGGACAAAGGGAAGCCUUGAUAUUGUUUAUUUGAAACUCAGAAAAUAACAGAGAAGCCUCAUGAGUACAGUAGAAAUCUGCUUACUUGUAGUUUCCCACCUCAACAAUAGCUAGUCAGAGAAUCUCGCAGUGAAAGGAACUCUGUGGCAUGAUACCCAUCUUGGUACCUCAGCAAAGAACCUUUUCUAGAAAUGAUCAUCCCAACCACUGCAGUCAUUGUUCCCAUCCUGAGUAUUAAACCCUUUGAAAAGAA